UUAUCUGAAAAAAAAGAUAUUCUUAUAUAUGUCCUAAUAUCGAUUAUAAUAGGUUUUUCACGUAAUGUUUCCCACCAUUCAUGUUUCUCGUUGACCAAUCCGUCAGUACACGUAAUCAAGUUUCGCAAAAACGCUCAAACCAGUAUCAAGAAUCAGCAACACAUUGUACUUCCGGUAUAUCAUGAGUGACGUUUAAUGGAAAGGUGAACUGAUUCUACCUUGGAUUUUGUGACUCUUUCAGCAAUGGCCUCUUUAAUUGGCAAAUGUUUUGGAAGGGAGGCAUUGCAUUUACUACGUAAUCAUUUGAACACUGUUAAACCUCAAGUCAGGUGCCUAAAUCUUCAAGAAUAUCAAAGCAAGAUGUUAAUGGCAGAAAACGGCAUAAAUGUCCAAAGAUUUCAGGUAGCUUCAAGUCCAGGAGAUGCUUUGGAAAUCUCCGAAAAGCUGAAUGUUGACGAGUAUGUAAUCAAGGCGCAAAUUUUGGCUGGUGGUCGGGGAAAGGGAACAUUCUCAAAUGGAUUCCAAGGUGGUGUUCAUUUAACAAAAGACAAACGUAAAGUAAAUGAAUUUGUGGAUAAAAUGCUAGGCCAAACUUUAGUUACAAAACAAACACCCAAGGAUGGUGUCAAAGUAUCUAAGGUCAUGGUGGCUGAGGCUCUUGAUAUUGAGAGGGAAACUUACUUUGCUAUAUUAAUGGAUAGAAAAUAUAAUGGGCCUGUCAUGGUAGGUAGUCCAGAGGGGGGAAUGGAUAUUGAAGAAGUUGCUGAAAAGAGACCAGAGGCAAUUUUUACUGACCCCAUUGACAUCCUUACAGGUGUUACUCAUGAACAGGCCCUGAAAAUGGCAAGCAAUCUUGGAUUUGUUGGUGAUAAACAGAAAGAAGCUGCUGCCCAGAUUCUGAAUUUAUACAAAUUGUUUGUUAAAGUUGAUGCCACUCAGGUUGAAAUUAAUCCAUUUGGAGAAACAGACACUGGGAGAGUUGUAUGCUUUGAUGCCAAAAUUAAUUUUGAUGACAAUGCUGCUUUUAGACAAACAGAGGUAUUUGCCAUGGAUGAUAUGGCAGAAAGUGAUCCAAGAGAAGUGGAAGCUGCUAAAAGUAACCUGAACUACAUUGGAUUGGAUGGCAACAUUGCAUGUUUAGUAAAUGGAGCUGGUUUAGCAAUGGCAACCAUGGAUAUUAUUAAAUUACAUGGUGGAUCACCAGCCAAUUUCUUAGAUGUUGGUGGAAAUGUUACAGAGAAACAGGUGUACGAUGCCUUUAAACUAUUAACAGCUGAUAAACAAGUGAAAGCUAUCUUAGUAAAUAUAUUUGGGGGCAUAGUUAAUUGUGCCACAAUAGCUAAUGGGAUAACAAAUGCUUGUAAAUCUAUUAAUUUAACUCUUCCCCUUAUUGUUAGACUUGAAGGCACAAAUGUGGAGGAAGCCAAACAAAUAUUAAAAGACAGCAAUCUACCCAUUCUUUCAGCUGCAAACUUAGACGAUGCUGCAAAGAAAGCUGUUUCAUGUCUAAGUUAACUUAUAUUAUGAUAUAUUGGACUUUAUCCACACCAAAACUGGAAGGUAGUUUGUAUAAAAUAGUGAUUAUAGAUAGUGAUAAAAUUAAAAGAAUUUAAUGUAAUGGAAAAUGGUGCAAUGUAAUCUAUUAAUUAUACGCCCUCAUGGAAAUGUGGUCGUAUAUUGCCGUCGCCCCCGUCUGUCCGUCCGUCGUCCACAAUUUCUUGUGAACACUCUACAGACUACAUUUAUCAUCUGAUUGUUUUGAAAUUGAUAUGUUGUUUGCAUUAGAGAGAUGAAGAAGCCUAUUUCAAUAACUUCCGUUAAUUACGCCUUGAGUAAUGGCCCUUGUUUCACCUUCUUGUACCUUGUGAAUGCUCUAACGACAAAAAUUAUUAUCCGAUCUGUAUGAAGUUUAUAUGUAUCAUUUAAAUUAGUAAAUCGAACAAGCCUAUUGAGUUUUAGCAAAUUUCCAUUAAUUACAUCUAGAGUUAUGGCCCUUGUUUCACUUUGUUGAAUCUUGUGAACACUCGAACGACAAAAGUUAUCCCCUAAUCUGUAUGAAAUUCAUAUGCAUCAUUUAAAUUAGUCAAAUGAAGAAGCCAAUUGAAUGUCAGCAAAUACCGUCAAUUACUUCUAGAGUUGGGGGAUCACGUGGCUAAGUGGGUAAGACGCUAGCUCGCUAGCCUGGAGGUCGGGUGUUCGAUCCCUGCAUUGGCCGAGAAAGUUCAUCCAGAUUUUCCGGCGUGGUUCUCCCUUGUCAGUGAUGCAGGAUGGAGGGGCUGACAAGGAAAGCUGUCUAGUCGUUCAGAUGGGACGAAAAACUGAGGUCCCGUGUACACAUUGGCGUGCGUAAAAGAUCCCUUGGCAGUUGGAAUUCGAUAUAAGAGUAGGCCUUGUGCCGCUGUCCGGGCAAAAUUUCCUUCAUAGCACACUGUAUGGCGUAUGCCCAUCUUCAUUAGCCCAGGUUAGGAGCAGAACAGUAGGACGUUAAACUCCAUUUCAUUUCAUUUCAUUUUACUUCUAGAGUUAUGGCCCUCGUUUACUUUGUUGAACCUUUGAACGUUCAAACGACAAAAGUUAUCAUCCGAUCUGUAUGAAAUUUAUAUGCAUUAUUUGAAUUAGUAAAACAAAAAAGCCUGUCGAAUUUCAACAAUUUCUGUAGAUUAUUUCCAGUGUUACAGCCCAUGUUUUAGUUUUUAGAACCUUGUGACCCCUCAAACAGUCGGACGAUUUAGCUGCUGUAGGCGUAUGGUUUGUUGCCUGGCAACCUAUCUUGUUACUUAAUUAUCUCCUAAUUUUCAGAUCCAGAGAAUAUGGAAUAUUUACUACAAGAGUAAAUGUAUACUUAAUGUCUAUGUAUGUGUAAAAAUCAACAGAUUUAAUGAUUAUGUAUGCUCUAAUUAAAUUUUAUGAUAAAUUUAACCAAAAGCAAUUAAAUCAUUCAAGAACCAAAACUA